AUGGCCGAGGCGGGCGCGGACGCCGCCCUGGCCGCCGCGCCCGCGGAGGUCGUGUCCCCGCGAUCCACCUACUUCCGGCAGCGGAGCAUGCACGCCCCGGAUCUGGACCGCAAGGCCUUCGACGUGGAGAACCCGCCGGCACCCUCCGCCGUCUGCGUAGGCGGGCUGCGGCCCAGCGAGUCCGUCGCCAAGCUGGAGUCGCUGGAGCGGGCGGAGCGCGCCGCGCUGGCGCCGGCGGUCGUGCUCAAGACGGCCUUCUACAUCCUCGUCUGGUACACCUUCAGCACCUGCCUCACCCUAUACAAUAAGACGCUGCUGGGGGACAAGCUGGGCAAGUUCCCGGCGCCGCUGCUGAUGAACACUGUGCACUUCGCGCUGCAGGCCGCGCUAUCCAAGAUCAUCCUGCUCUUCCAGGCCAAGGGGAUCGACGCUGCGGUCGACAUGAGCUGGAAGGAUUACUUCAUGAGAGUCGUCCCAACUGCUCUGGGAACCGCCUUGGACAUUAACCUGAGCAACGCGUCUCUGGUGUUCAUCACGGUCACAUUCGCUACCAUGUGCAAAUCAGCCUCGCCGAUAUUCCUUUUGCUAUUCGCCUUUGCAUUUAGGUUGGAGAGCCCCAGCAUCAAGCUUCUAGGAAUCAUAGUUGUCAUUUCUAUUGGUGUUCUGUUGACAGUUGCCAGGGAGACCGACUUCGACUUCUGGGGCUUCAUUUUUGUGACACUUGCUGCUGUUAUGUCAGGAUUCCGCUGGUCCAUGACUCAGAUUCUGUUGCAAAAAGAUAGCUACGGCUUAAAAGAUCCAAUUACCCUGAUGAGUCAUGUUACCCCAGUGAUGGCCAUAGCCACCAUGGUACUAUCUCUCCUGUUGGAUCCUUGGAGUGAUUUUCGGAAGAAUACAUAUUUUGAUAACCCGUGGCACGUCAUGCGCAGUAUCUUACUUAUGCUAAUCGGAGGAAGCCUGGCCUUUUUCAUGGUGUUGACGGAGUAUAUACUUGUUUCAGCAACAAGUGCCAUAACUGUGACAAUAGCUGGGGUAGUAAAAGAAUCUGUAACAAUCUUGGUUGCAGUAUUUUAUUUCCAUGAUGCAUUUACUUGGUUGAAAGGGGUUGGUCUUAUCACUAUUAUGAUUGGUGUUAGCUUAUUCAAUUGGUACAAAUAUGACAAAUUCAAAAGGGGUCAGAUAAAUGAGGAUGGAGUCACUUCACCUUCAUUUAGUGGAGAUGCCAAAUACAUCAUUCUAGAUGACUCGGAAUAUCAUGAUGAGUUUCUGGAUGAAGAUACAUAAUUUUUGAAGGUGGUAAAAUUUUAACUGCCACUUGGAUUGUCAAAUGUUGAUACCUUCAGACCAUUCAUGGCUGCCUAUUGAAAUAAGUUCUCAUGGAGGUUUUCCACUAAGACAUACGGACAAACACGCAAGCAAUCAGCAUGAGCUUAAUCCAUCUCAAAUCCAGGAUGGAUGCUCAAGAAUAGCCACUCAAAUUACAGCAUCAUACCAUGACCUUCAUCUGGAAAUUUUGGGACUGGCAGCUGGUACAAAUCAGCCUGCUUGUUCAUGAUGGAAGUUACUGAGAACUGACAGAUAUUUGCGUGCUUUUUUCCACUUUGUGUGAGCGCAUCAUGCACAUAUUCAUUACUGAACCUCCACAAUUUUGAUGCCUAGGUAUAUUCAUCUUCUAUGUAGAUUGGGUUGUAAGUCCAACCACACAUACCACACGUGUUGUUCC